CUUGACCCAGAGCAUCUGCAAAGCACAGUGACGCGCGUCGCAACACAGCGGGCAUCACGCAGCCUAGUAAUCCUAUUGCACGGGUCCAAAUUUUACAGUCGACAAGAUGUCCAAGCCACUGACGGACCAAGAGAAGAGGAAACAAAUUUCCGUGCGUGGACUCGCCGGCGUUGAAAACGUCGCCGAGCUCAAGACCAAUUUUAAUCGGCAUCUACAUUUCACUUUGGUAAAGGACCGUAAUGUUUCAACCAAGCGCGACUAUUACUUCGCCCUGGCGCACACCGUCCGUGACCAUUUGGUUGGAAGAUGGAUUCGGACGCAGCAACAUUAUUACGAGAAAGACCCGAAGCGUGUAUACUAUCUCUCUCUGGAAUUCUACAUGGGGCGGACCCUUCAAAACACCAUGGUAAACUUAGCUUUGGAGACUGCCUGUGAUGAAGCAAUCUAUCAGCUGGGUCUUGAUAUGGAGGAGCUGCAGGACAUUGAGGAGGAUGCUGGCCUGGGAAACGGAGGCCUUGGUCGACUGGCAGCUUGCUUCCUUGACUCUAUGGCAACCUUGGGUUUGGCAGCUUACGGUUAUGGAAUCCGCUAUGAGUUUGGAAUCUUCAAUCAGAAAAUUGUAAAUGGUUGGCAGGUGGAGGAGGCAGACGAUUGGCUGCGCUAUGGGAAUCCUUGGGAAAAGGCUCGUCCUGAGUAUAUGCGUCCCGUGCAUUUCUAUGGUCGAGUGGAACACAACCCUGAUGGAGUAAAAUGGGUGGACACACAGGUCGUUCUUGCACUCCCUUAUGAUACACCUGUCCCAGGAUACAGAAACAAUGUUGUUAACACAAUGAGGCUCUGGUCUGCCAAAGCUCCAUGUGAAUUCCACCUUAAAGACUUUAAUGUUGGUGGUUACAUCCAGGCUGUGCUGGACAAGAAUCUAGCUGAGAACAUCUCCCGUGUGCUUUACCCUAAUGACAACUUCUUUGAAGGCAAAGAGUUACGUCUCAAGCAGGAAUACUUUGUGGUGGCCGCGACUCUUCAGGACAUCAUCCGCAGGUUCAAGGCCUCAAAGUUUGGCUCAACAGAAGUAGUACGCAUGGAUCUGACCAAACUUCCAGAUAAGGUGGCCAUUCAGUUGAAUGACACUCAUCCUGCAAUGGCGAUUCCUGAGCUGAUGAGAAUUCUGGUGGAUGAUGAGAAACUGACCUGGGAGGCGGCUUGGGACAUCACUGUGCGCACCUGUGCGUACACUAACCACACUGUCUUACCGGAAGCUCUGGAGCGUUGGCCCGUCGACCUGUUCCAAAACUUGUUGCCCCGUCACCUGCUAAUCAUCUACGAGAUUAACCGUCGUCAUAUGGAGCGUAUCGCUGCCCUCUACCCUGGCGAUUUUGACCGUAUGAGACGCAUGUCUUUGAUUGAGGAGGAAGGUCAGAAGAAGAUCAACAUGGCCCAUCUCUGCAUCGUCGGCUCUCACGCAGUCAAUGGAGUGGCCCAAAUCCACUCCGACAUCAUCAAGGACACUGUGUUUAAAGACUUCUAUGAGGUGGACCCACAGAAGUUCCAGAACAAAACCAAUGGCAUCACACCCCGUCGCUGGCUCAUCAUGUGUAACCCUGGAUUGGCUGACGUCAUCGCUGAGAGAAUUGGUGAGGACUACAUCCGUGACCUGGACCAGCUGAAGAAACUCCUGAAGUUUUUAGACGACGACGCAUUAAUUCGAGAUAUUGCAAAAGUCAAACAGGAGAAUAAGAUGAAAUUUGCUGUGCAACUGGAAGAGCAGUAUAAAGUAAAGAUCAACCCAAACUCCAUGUUUGAUGUUCACGUAAAGAGGAUCCAUGAAUACAAAAGACAGCUAUUGAACUGUCUACACAUUAUCACGCUUUAUAAUCGCAUCAAGAAGGAGCCAAACAAGGCCUGGACUCCAAGGACAGUUAUGAUUGGAGGAAAGGCUGCACCUGGGUACCACACAGCUAAGAUGAUCAUCAGACUGAUCACGGCAAUUGGAGAUGUGGUAAAUAACGAUUGCGUGGUGGGAGAUCGCCUGAAAGUCAUCUUCCUCGAGAACUACAGGGUCACAUUGGCUGAGAAAGUCAUCCCUGCGGCUGACCUGUCCGAGCAGAUCUCCACUGCAGGAACAGAAGCUUCUGGUACUGGCAACAUGAAGUUCAUGCUGAAUGGAGCUUUGACCAUCGGCACCAUGGAUGGAGCUAACGUGGAGAUGGCAGAGGAAGCGGGAGAGGAAAACCUCUUCAUCUUCGGGAUGAGAGUGAAGGAUGUGGAGGCUAUGGAUAAGAAAGGAUAUGAUGCCAUGGAGUAUUAUAACCGGAUUCCAGAGCUAAAACAAGUUAUCGAUCAGAUCUCUUCUGGAUUCUUCAGUCCUGGAGAGCCUGACCUGUUUAAAGACAUUGUCAAAUUGCUAAUGCAACAUGACAGGUUCAAGGUCUUUGCUGACUAUGAGGACUACAUUAAAUGUCAGGAGAAAGUCAGUGCCCUAUAUAAGAAUACUAAAGAAUGGACCAAGAAGGUCAUCCAUAACAUUGCCGGCUGUGGCAAAUUCUCCAGUGACCGCACCAUCACCCAGUAUGCCCGUGAGAUCUGGGGCAUGGAGCCCAGCCUGGAGAAGAUCCCGGCCCCUGAUGACCCUCGUUAAGUCGUUCUGCAAAAUGUAGUGGUUGUUCUCGCAUUCGAUUUAUUUGCCAUUGUGAAGAUGUAUAAUAAUUUUAGUAAUUUUACUGUUGACAUGCUAUAAGAGGUUACUCUCUCUUACCAUCAGACAGCCAGAAUACCUCACACAAUUCUCUCUUUCCCUGCUCCAGCGACGAGCCGUCAGUGCAUCCAGCUUUUUGGCAUGUUUAUGUAUUCAUCGAUGUAAGAAUGUCAUUUUAUCCGUGGAGUUUUAUGAAGAGCUAUAAUGUAUUUGUCCGUCAACGUCGUCUGUUACACUGUGAGGUCAGAGUUCAAGGCAAUAGCAAAAGCACACGUACAUAUAUUUUGCCACACAUUUGAGCAUGAUAACGACUGUUACAAAAGGAAAUAGAGAAACUACUACGUUUUAUUUGUUUGUGUGUGUGAUGUGCAUUGUAGCAUGCUUUUGAAUUGAGUUUUAUAAAUAGAGACUAAUACAGGAACUACAGUAAUUUAGUUUAGACAGGCAGUUAUCAAAUGAACAGCCUGGGUUUUUACUUUAGAUUCGGUACAGUUGUAAUGUCCGUUAUACUUUCAGGCCCUCUGACCUUUCUUUCAAAAAGCUGCCUUAAUCAAGAGUACUGUUUGUGUAUAUUUAGGUCUGAUUGUCUGUCUGUCAUUUGCCUGUUGAUGUUCAUGUCAUACGCUUUCACCUGCUCAGAUCAGCACUUUAGAAAUGAUCUGUCACUUUUGCCCCCAUAAAGCAUUACGCUCUGGAUAUUUAUUAACUGUAUGGCUGUGUUUGAGACAUUAUGUUGGGUGCUCUACAGAAGAUACCUAUAGGUAGUUGAAGGCUUCCAGUGAGAUAGCAUAACUAAUACAACACUAAAGUGUAUUUCUCCUUAGUUGUGGGGCUUUGUUCAAGACACUGAAAAAUAUUUACUCUGAUUAAAUGAUUGUUCUGUAUUCUUAGAUAGGAAACUAGGAUGACAGAAGGGUACCGUGAAUUGCUUUGGGAUAAACAAGAAGUGUCUAUUUAGCAGACACUCAUGUUUCGUUUAAAGCAACUCCAGAGAGCACAAACUAUAGAGGAAGUGCCAGCCCGAUCACACAGAAAUACUUAAAUAUUUUACAACGUGGCUAAUUUGUACGAAUGCCUAUGAUGUGAAGAGUGACAAAAUAUGAAUUAAAUGAUAAAUUAACCAA